AUGUCUGCAAAGAUCGAUAAGAUCAUUGCGCGUUUGCAAGAAAAAACUGCAGAAGGCACCUACUACGAAGCGCACCAACAAACCCGCGUCGUCGCCUCCCGCUACAUCAAAUCCCAAAACUACCCCGCCGCAGCCGACAUUCUCUAUUCCGUUUCGCUCUCCCUGCUCCAAGCCGCUCAAGGCGGUUCCGGCGGCGAUCUCGCUCUCUUCCUCCUCGAAGUCUACAACACUUCAUCCCUAACCUGCGAUUCCUCAUCCAAAGGCCGACUCUUCACCCUCCUGCGUGCCUUUUCCCCAGAGGAACCAAGUCGCAAGCGCUUCAUCACCGAAACCAUCGCGUGGAGUUGCAAAACCUCUGCGUAUCCAGCCGGCGAUCCGGAGUUGCAUCAUGUGAUAGGAAGUUUGCUUGCAGAGGAAGGAGAAGUAUAUGAUGCGGAACGACAUUUAAUACUCGGCACGAAGGAUUCCGCGGAAGUGCUGGCCAAGAUGGAAUAUGAAUGGUAUCUUGAGGAUGAUAGUCAUACUGCGGCGCUGUAUGCGAGUCGAGCUGUGUUGCCCUAUCUACUGGUUGGGAAUGUGCGGGAUGCGCGCAAGAGUUUGGGGAUUUUUACGACCCGUUUGCGAGAGGCGAAUGCGGGGUUGACGGUGCAGGAAUUGGGGGGCGCGAAUGAGGAUAUUAAGAUUUAUCCUUCGAUUCCUUUGUUGAAUUUUCUGGGAUUGUUGUUGGUAGCGGUGCAGAAGGGAAAUUCGUUGGAUUUCAAACAGUUGAUGAAGAAAUAUGCGGGACAGAUGAAGGAAGCUGGGGAGAUGUGGGAGGAGGCGUUGACGGGCGUGGGAGAAAUGUAUUUUGGCAUUCAGAGACCGAGACAGGGAAAUCCAUUGUUGGAUAUGAUGGGGAGCAUGUUUGGGGGUGGGAUGGGGGGUGGAGCACAGCAACCGCAGGCUAGGAGGAUUGGACAGUCGGGGAGCGCACCAGUGGCUGAGGGCCUUGAUUAG